CUCUCUCACAGGCAGCGUCUCUUGUCUUCACUUGAAACUCAUUUCGCUAGCCGGGAGAGAGCGAGAGAGCGCAGCGUCUGCCGCUGAGGAGGAGCAAUGACGCGACCCGCUCUGCCUCCUCUCUUGGUCCUGGCCGCCUUACUGAGCCGGUGCGGCGCUCAAGUUCUUCAGCCGCAGCAGCAACAGCAGCAGCAGCAGCAGCAGCAACAGGCAGCGCCUCAGCAACGAGGUUUGUUUCCAGCAGUUCUGAACUUGGCUUCUAAUGCUCUCAUCACCACAAAUGCUACCUGUGGGGAAACAGGGCCUGAAAUGUACUGCAAGUUGGUUGAACAUGUGCCUGACCAACCUGCAAGAAACCUUCAGUGUCGGCUCUGUGACCUGCGCAGUAGGAUUCCCAAUCAGCGACACCCCAUAACAAGUGCAAUUGAUGGCAAGAAUACUUGGUGGCAAAGUCCCAGCAUUCAGAAUGGGUUGGAAUAUCACUAUGUGACCAUCACACUGGACUUGCGGCAGGUGUUCCAAAUUGCUUAUAUCAUUUUAAAAGCAGCUAAUUCACCACGACCUGGAAACUGGGUUUUGGAACGUUCACUAGAUGGUGUCAACUAUGAGCCCUGGCAGUACUACGCUAUCACGGACACAGAAUGUCUGACUCACUACAACAUUCUUCCCCGCACUGGACCUCCAUCGUAUACAAAAGAUGACGAAGUUAUAUGCACUUCAUAUUACUCCAGGAUUCAUCCACUGGAGAAUGGAGAGAUUCACACAUCUUUGAUCAAUGGACGGCCAAGUGCAGAUGACCCUUCUCCAGCUCUUCUAGAAUUCACUUCAGCUCGCUAUAUUCGCCUGAGAUUUCAGAGGAUACGGACCCUGAAUGCUGAUUUAAUGAUGCUUGCACAUAGAGAUCUCAAUGAAAUUGACCCAAUAGUUACAAGAAGGUAUUACUAUUCUGUGAAAGACAUCUCCGUUGGAGGAAUGUGCAUUUGCUAUGGCCACGCAAAGGCAUGCCCACUGAAUCUAGCUACAAAUAGAUCUUCCUGUCAAUGUGAACACAACACAUGUGGAGAAAGUUGUGAUCGGUGUUGCCCUGGAUUUAACCAGAAGCCUUGGCGAGCAGGGACCUUCCUUGUAAAGCAUGAGUGUGAAGCUUGCAAUUGUCAUGGGAAAGCUGAAGAAUGUUACUAUGAUCAGUCUGUGGCAGACAGAAAGCAGAGUCUGAAUAUCCGUGGGGAUUACAUAGGGGGUGGAGUGUGCAUUAAUUGCACACAAAACACGGCAGGCAUCAACUGUGAAACCUGCAUUGAUGGGUACUUCAGGCCAAAGGGGGUGCUCCCAGCUAGUCGCAAUCCAUGUCGGCAAUGCCAUUGCAAUACUAUUGGCUCUCUAGAUGGCACAUGUGUCAAGGAUGAAAAACAUGCUUUAGGAGACCAGCAUCCUGGCUUCUGUCACUGUAAACGUGGCUUUGGAGGAGAAAGGUGUGAUCGAUGUGCAUUGGGUUACAAGGGAUUUCCUUACUGUCAGCCCUGCAACUGCUCUCUGGAUGGCAGCUUAAAUGAUGACCCUUGUGAAGGACCCUGCAGGUGCAAGGCCAAUGUUGAAGGAGAAAACUGUGAUCGUUGCAAACCUGGCUUCUUUAACCUGCAGCAAGACAACCCCCAGGGCUGUGAAGCGUGCUUCUGCUCAGGAAUAACAAAUGACUGUGUGGGCUCUCGUUGGACCUACCAUGCUAUCAUGGACAUGAAUGGCUGGCACCUGACAGAUGUAGCUGGUCGCACUAGAGUGACUCCUCAGCAGGACAGCUUUGAUGGACCUCAGCGACUUAGCAUCAGCAACGUGGCUGCGAGGACUGCUUUGCAGCAGAUUUAUUAUUGGAGUGCACCCAGUCCUUAUUUGGGCAACAAAAUAACAGCUGCUGGAGGACAUCUGAAAUUUACCGUUUCAUAUGACCUCACAGGGGAAGACGAUGCUGCGGAAGCAAUGCUGCAGUCUGAUGUCAUCAUAGAGGGAAGUGGCUUGAGAAUCAGCACGUCGCAAGAGGGAAUUCACUUGAACCCGUUUGAAGAACACACUGAAGAAGUGUUGCUGAAGCACGACUUGUUUCUGCUGCAUGGCACUGACUUUCCGGUCAGCAAAAGGGAAUUCAUGUCUGUGUUGGCAAAUAUAAAGAGUCUCCUUAUAAGAGCUACAUACAGCUAUGGGAUGAAUGCCAUCUACAGGUUGAGUGAUGUCAGCCUGGAAGCGGCUGAUCACUUUUCAAGUGGACAGAAAUAUGCAUCUGCUGUGGAAGUUUGCCAGUGUCCUCCAGGAUAUUCUGGUACCUCCUGUGAAAAGAAAGAACAAGCUAAUGCCUCCUUUAGUCUUAUACCUGCCUAUUCGGUUAAGUCUUGUCAGCCAAGGCACAGGAGAGUCAAUGGCACCAUCAUUGGCGGAAUCUGCAAGCCGUGCACAUGUUUUGGUCACGCAGAGUCCUGCGAUGAUAUCACCGGAGAAUGCCUGAACUGCAAGCACAACACAGGUGGCUUGUAUUGUGAUAGAUGUCUUCCUGGUUUCUUUGGAGAUGCUACUAAAGGGAAACCUGAUGACUGCCAGCUGUGUGCCUGCCCACUGAGUAUACCUUCAAACAAUUUUAGCCCAACAUGUCAUUUGGAUCAGAGUCGUGGAUUAAUAUGUGACAAAUGCCCCCCUGGGUAUGCUGGCUCACGCUGUGAGAGGUGUGCAGAAGGAUAUUUUGGACAACCUUUAAAACCAGGGGGGUCGUGCCAGCCUUGCCAGUGUAAUGACAACCUCGACUUCUCCAUUCCUGGCAGCUGUGACAGCUUGUCUGGAGCUUGUCUGAUAUGUAAGCCAGGUACAACAGGCCAAUACUGUGAGAAGUGUGCUGAUGGGUAUUUCGGAGAUGCUGUUGAUGUAAAGAACUGUCAACCUUGUCGUUGUCAUCUCAAUGGCUCAUUUUCAGAGACUUGCAACUCUAAGACUGGGCAGUGUGACUGCAGACCCAACGUGUUGGGGCGUAGAUGUGAUGAAUGUAAGCCUGGUUAUGUUUGGGUUCCAGAAAAGCAAUUCUGUACACCAUGUGGAUGCAAUCCUCUAGGAUCCAUGUCACUAAACUGUGAUGUGUCAGGGAGAUGUAUAUGUAAAUCAGGAUUCGCUGGUAAACGAUGUGAGCUGAGCAGACAGGUGUAUAUCCAGAAGGAAAACCCAUUACCGGCUCAGCCAAUCAGAGCACCCCAUCAGAGAUGGGGCUACUCCAGUGCAAGUGGGUGCCCGAGAGGUGCUUUCAAACCUGCCUCUUUGCCUGGAACCUUUGGCGUACAGUCAUCCAGAGGCUGUGUUCCUUGCAACUGUAAUUCAUUUGGAUCCAAAUCUUUUGACUGUGAUGAGACUGGACAGUGCCAUUGCCAGCCAGGUGUUGGAGGAAAGAAGUGUGACCGCUGUGCUCAUGGAUUUUAUGGCUUUGAAGAAGGAGGAUGCACCCCUUGCGAGUGUGCCCAUCUUGGUAAUAAUUGUGAUCCACACACUGGCCGUUGCAUUUGCCCUCCCAAUACUGUAGGACAGAGGUGUGAUAAAUGUGCACCAAAUCACUGGGGUCAUGACAUUAUCAGCGGGUGCAAGGCUUGUGACUGCAGUCCAGCUGGAUCUCUCAGUUUCCAGUGCAACCCUGACACUGGCUGCUGUUUCUGCCGCUCAGAAUUCUCUGGGGAGAAAUGCUCCGAAUGCAGGCUGGGAUAUCGCAAUUACCCGCAAUGCAAUGCCUGUGAAUGCCUGGCAGCAGGGACUGAGCCACACACUUGUGAUUCAGAAAUGGAAAAAUGUUCAUGUUCUGAUCAUACAGGACAAUGCACCUGCAAGGUUAAUGUGGAGGGUGUCUACUGUGACAAGUGCAAACCUGGCAGGUUUGGACUCUCUGCCAGAAACCCACUUGGCUGCAGCAGCUGCUACUGCUUUGGCCUGACAUCACAGUGCAGUGAGGCAAAGGGGCUGGUCCGCAUGUGGUUGACUCUGAAGCCAGAUCAAGUCAUUCUUCCUCUUGUUGAUGAAAAUGUCAAGCAGCAAACUGUCCAAGGGAUUAUAUACCAAUAUCCAGAGACAAUUGCAAAUAUCGACUUGGUCACUCAAGAGUUACGCUCGGAACCAUUUUACUGGAGACUUCCAAAACAGUUUGAAGGGCGGAAGUUGACAGCUUAUGGGGGAAAGCUGAAAUAUGCAAUCUUCUUUGAAGCACGAGAAGAGACUGGCUUUGCAACCUACAACCCCCAGGUCAUAAUCAGAGGUGGGCUUCCCACCCACACGCGAAUUAUUGUCAGGCACGUAGCUGCUCCUCUGAACGGUCAAUUGACAAGACAUGAGAUAGAAAUGACAGAGCAUGAGUGGAAAUAUCACAGCGAGGACCCAAGGGUCAGUCAGACUGUGACCCGUGAGGACUUCAUGGAUGUUUUGUACAACAUUCAUUACAUACUCAUUAAGGCUACCCAUGGCAGCUUCAUGAGGCAAAGCAGAAUUUCUGAGAUCUCCAUGGAAGUUGCAGAGGAAGGAAAUGUGUCGGGAAGGACACCUCGUGCACAACUGAUUGAGAAAUGCGAGUGCCCUUUGGGUUAUUUUGGCUUGUCUUGUGAGACAUGCUCCCCAGGUUUCUAUAGACUUCUUUCUACAUCUGCUGGCAGAAGACCAGGACCGGCGUUUGGUGCCUGUGUUCCGUGUCAGUGCCAUGGCCAUAGUGACAUGUGUGAUCCUGAAACCUCCAUAUGUCAGAACUGCCGUCACAACACUAGUGGCAACCACUGUGAAAGGUGUGCCCAUGGGUUCUAUGGGAUUGUUAGAGGAUCACCUAAUGACUGCCAGCCUUGCGCAUGCCCACUGACUGUUUCAAGCAACAACUUCAGUCCAUCAUGCGUUGCAGAAGGCGUCAAUGAUUACCGAUGUACUGCUUGCCCACCUGGAUAUGAAGGACAGUACUGUGAAAGAUGUUCAUCUGGAUACACUGGGAACCCAAGAAUUCCUGGUGGAUCUUGCCAAGAAUGUGAGUGCCAUCCAUAUGGUUCUCUGCCUGUUCCCUGUGAUCCUGUAACUGGACAGUGCACGUGCAAACCUGGAUCUACUGGCUGGAAGUGUGCAGGAUGUGAACCCCGGCAUGCUCGAGAAGGCAUAGCAUGUGUUUUUUGUGAUGACGACUGCACUGGAGUCCUACUUCGUGACUUAGAAUCUCUAAACCAGAUGGCUUUGAGUGUCAAUCUCAGCGGCCCGCUACACCCUCCAUAUAAAAUGCUUUAUUCGUUUGAAAAUACGACCCAGGAAUUAAAGCAUUUACUGUCACCUCAGCGAGCACCAGAGAGACUCCUUCAGGUGGCAAAGAAGAACUUGGAUACUCUUGUGACGGAGAUGGACGAGCUUUUGACAAGGGCGACCAAGGUGACAGCAGAUGGGGAGCAAACUGGGCAGCACGCUCAGGCAACUAAUGAGAGAGCGAAGAUGCUUGGACAGUUCAUCAAGGGCACCCUCCAGGCAGCAGAAGCUGCAAAUGAAACAGCUUUAAAGCUGAAUGAGACACUUGGAAGCCCAGACAAGCCGCUGGACAAAAGCCUUCAAGAAUUGCAGAGGGAUGUUGACAAAAUGAUGGCAUUGCUCAGGAAGAGAAAGCUGGAUGUCCAAGAGAAGGCAGCCCUAGAUGAGCUAGAAGCAGCAGAAGCCCUCUUAAAGAGAGUUAACAAACUGUUUGGAGAUCCUGGGAAGAGAACAGAGGAGCUCAAAAAUGAAGUCCGAGACAAGCUGGCAGACUACCAAGAUAAGGUUGAUGAUGCUCUAGACCUGCUGAGAGAAGCAACCAACAAAAUUAGGGAGGCAAAUAGACUAUCUGCAAUCAACCAAGGAAAUAUGACAUCUGUGGAGGAAAAGAAGCAAGCUUUAGAAGAUGGACGACAGGCGGUGGAAAACACUCUAAAAGAAGGAAAUGACAUCCUUAGUGAAGCUAAUGACCUUGCAAAUGGAAUCAAUUUAGCUGUGGAGUAUGUGGAUGACGUCCGGGAUACUAUAAGUCCAUUGACAGAUAAUCUAAGGGAUAAAAUAGAUGAUCUUUCCCAAGAUAUCAAAGACAGAAAGCUUCCAGAAAAGGUGCUACAGGCAGAGGCCCAUGCUGCCCAGCUGAAUGAUUCAUCUGCUAUAUUGGAUGGAAUCCUUGAUGAAGCUAAAAACCUCUCUUUCAAUGCCACUGUAGCUUUUAAGGCCUACAGUAAUAUCAAGGAUUAUAUUGAUGAAGCUGAUGGAAUUGCCAAAGGAGCAAAAGCUCGUGCCAAUGAAGCUAUACAACUGGCGUCUGGUCCAGAAGGAUCAUUAAAGGAUGGUGCCAAGAAUGCUCUGCAAAAAAGCUUCAGGGUUCUUAACGAUGCCAACAGGCAGGCAAAUGAUGUUAAAGAAAAUGGGGAUAAUCUAAAAGGAAUGCAGAAUAGGUUGCAAGAUGCAGAGGAAAAGAACUCGGAUCUCCUGAAAGCUUUGAACGACACCUUGGGGAAACUGUCUGUGAUUCCUAAUGACACAGCAGCCAAGGUACAAGCCGUCAAAGACAAAGCCAAGCAAGCAAAUGAUACUGCGAAUGACGUCCUGGCUAGAAUCAGAGAUCUCAAUGAAAAUCUCCUUGGCUUAAAAGACAACUACAGAAAACUGGCUGAGGAUGCAGCCAAGACAAAUGCUGUGGUGAAAGAUCCCACCAAAAACAUUGCUGAUGCAGAAGACACUGUUAAAAACCUGGAAGAGGAAGCAGAUCGACUGAUGGAUAAACUCAAACCAAUCAAACAACUUCAAGAUAACCUAGGGAAAAACAUCUCUCAGAUUAAAGAACUGAUAAAUCAAGCCAGGAAGCAAGCCAAUUCCAUUAAAGUAUCUGUGGCUUCUGGAGGCAACUGCAUUCGUACAUACAAACCAGAGAUAAAGAAAGGAAGCUACAACACUGUCAUUCUCAAUGUAAAGACAACAGUGGCCGACAAUCUGCUUUUUUACCUUGGAAGUAACAGAUUUACUGACUUUUUGGCCAUAGAAAUGCGUAAAGGCAAAGUGGAUUUCCUGUGGGAUGUGGGAUCCGGUGUUGGACGGGUUGAAUAUCCAGAUCUGACAAUUGACGAUGGAUUUUGGUACCGAAUUGAAGCAUCAAGGACUGGAAGAAAUGGCACAGUUUCCGUGCAGGCAUUGGAAGGUCCUAAAGCCACCAUUGUACCAAGCAUUUUCAGUGCAAUUUCUCCACCUGGUUACACAAUUCUGGAUGUGGAUGCGAAUGCCAUGCUGUUUGUUGGAGGCCUAACUGGCAAAAUAAAGAAAUCUGAAGCUGUACGAGUUACUACUUUCACUGGCUGUAUGGGAGAGACUUAUUUAGACAGCAAACCAAUAGGACUAUGGAAUUUCAGAGACAUUGAAGGGGAGUGUAAAGGGUGUGCUGUCAGCCCACAGGUAGCAGAUGGUGAAGGAACUGUUCAGUUUGAUGGAGAAGGUUAUGCUUUGGUGAGCCGUCCAAUAAGAUGGAACCCAAAUAUCUCCAUGGUCAUGUUCAAGUUCAAGACACUUUCUUCCACUGCUCUUCUGAUGUACCUUGCUACAAUAGACUUGAAAGAUUUCAUGAGCAUAGAGCUCAGCGAUGGGCGUAUUAAAGUCAGUUAUGAUCUAGGUUCAGGAACAGCUUCUGUUGUUGGCAACCAGAACCACAAUGAUGGGAAAUGGAAAUCAUUCACCUUGUCAAGAAUUCUAAAGCAAGCUAAUGUAUCAAUUGUAGACAUAGACUCCAAUCAGGAAGAGAUAGUCACAACAGUUGCUACAGGGAAGCACUUUGGCCUCAACUUGAAAGCCGACGAGCCCAUCUAUUUUGGUGGAUUGCCAACACUGAGACGAAACCUAAGUAUGAAAUCCAGGCCUGAAGUAAACACAAAGAAAUACUCAGGCUGCAUCAAGGAUAUUGAAAUUUCUCGAACGCCAUACAAUCUUCUGAGCAGUCCUGACUUUGUGGGCAUUACCAAAGGCUGUACACUGGAGAAUAUCUACACAGUCAGCUUCCCGAAACCGGGUUUUGUGGAGCUGCCACCAGUCUCGCUCAAUGUGGGAACAGAAAUCCACUUGUCCUUCAGCACCAGAAAUGAAUCUGGCAUCAUACUCUUUGGGACUAAUGGGGCACCUGUAGCCCCACGGAGGAAGCGCAGGCAGACUGGGCAGGCCUAUUAUGCUGUGUUCCUGAACAGUGGUCGGCUAGAAGUGCACGUCUCUACCGGGAUAAGGGACCCUCGCAGGAUCACCAUCAAACCUGCAUCUGGCGAGUUUCAUGAUGGCAGAGAACACAGCAUCCGAAUAGAAAGACUCGGAGGGUUGUUUGUGAUCCAAGUAGAUGAGGACAGAAGCCAGUCUCAAAGACUCCCGUCAGAUCAACCUAUUUCCGUUAAGAAGCUUUUCGUGGGAGGGACACCGCCUGAAUUCCACAUUGCCCCUAUUAGGAACAUACCUGCCUUUGAUGGCUGCAUAUGGAACCUUGUCAUCAAUGCUGUUCCAAUGGAUUUUGCCCAGCCAUUAUCCUUCGAAAAUGCAGAUAUUGGCCAGUGUCCUGAUCAAGACCCACUGCAUGAAAAAGAGGAUGAGGAUCACAUCUCCCGUGCAACAGUUGAGAUCCGUCCUGAACCAGAUACUGCAGAAAAGACAGCGAGUGCAACCUCUCCUCCUCCACCCCCUUUCCCACCUUCACAUGACUUGCUUGCUGCUGAAGUGAAGAGCGCCAACAUUUCAGCUGACUUUGGCACUGUGACGGAACACUGCGCUGCUGAUGUGGAGCCAAUUACAUUGGAAGGCGGCAAGCAAUUUGGCCUCUCAAGGAACAGUCAUAUUGCAGUUGCAUUUGAUGACACCAAAGUUAAGAAUAAACUUACCAUUGAAUUGGAAAUCCGAACUCAGGCUGAAAAUGGGUUGCUCUUCUAUAUGGCUCGGAUCAAUCAUGCUGAUUUUGCCACCGUUCAAAUAAAGAAUGGCUUUCCAUACUUCAGUUAUGACCUGGGCCAUGGGAACACCAGCACAAUGAUUCCUGAGAAAAUCAAUGAUGGCCAGUGGCACAAGAUAAAAAUAUUCCGAACCAAGCAAGAAGGUGUCCUUUUAGUUGACGGUGCUACAAACAGGACCAGAAGCCCAAAGAAAGCUGACAUUUUGGAUGUAGUGGGGAUGCUGUAUGUUGGAGGAUUGCCAGUUAAUUAUACAACUAAAAGAAUUGGUCCCGUUGUCUAUAGCAUUGAUGGAUGCAUGCGAAAUUUCCAAAUGACAGAAUCUCCUGUUGACCUGGAUAAUCCUACCUCCAGCUACAAUGUCGGAAAGUGCUUUGCCAAUCCACAGAAAGGAACAUACUUUUCAGGAACAGGGUUUGCCAAAACAGUUGGAGCAUAUAAAGUAGGAUUGGAUUUGCAAGUGGAGUUUGAGUUCCGCACAACUCGGACAAAUGGCGUCCUCUUGGGGAUCAGCAGCCAAAAAAUGGAUGGGCUUGGCAUUGAGUUGGUAGAUGAAAAUGUGAUGUUCCAUGUCGAUAAUGGCGCAGGUCGAUUCUCUGCCAUCUAUGAACCUGCUGUUCCAGGUAGCUUGUGUAAUGGAAAGUGGCACAGGAUUAUAGCACACAAGUUGAAGCACCGUUUAAUUUUGACAGUAGAUGGCCAGCAUGUAGAAGGGAUCAGUCCGAAUGCAGCUUCCACUUCAGCAGAGACUAAUGAUCCUGUCUUCGUUGGAGGAUAUCCUGAUGGACUAAACCAGUUUGGCCUGACCACUAACAUCCGUUUCAAAGGAUGCAUUAGAUCCAUGAAGCUCACCAAAGGAACUGCUAAACCUCUUGAGAUUAACUUCAGCAAAGCCUUGGAGAUAAAGGGAGUUCAGCCUCUAUCUUGCCCUACAAAUUAACAGGACAUCAUCCGACUCUGAUAUGAGCCUGACCACUUAAAACCAAAAAAGUGCCUCAGAUUUUUAAAGAAUCCUAUAUAUACACAUUACCUUCAUAAUAAAAAGGCUCUUUUGCAAAUAUUUUGACUUCAGCCUGUUAUAUAGUCAAAACGGUGCUAUUUCAGGGUGUGCUUCUAAAACAAAACAUUAGAUGAAGAACAUUUUCCCCUUGGAAUGAAUAAAGUUGCAAGCUAUUCAUGUUUGAUGUGUCAGUCUUUUCCCUCAGUUUGAAGUGAAAUCUUUUUAGUAUUUUGAGGAAUGGAAUUGUAUUAACACAGACCCACAGUCUUCAAGUACAAAAUGGAGAUAUGGUUCAAUUUGUAUGGGCAUGUUGAGAUAAAGAUAGCCUGUUUUAUGUACCCCACCUUGUAGUGUUGGUUGCCAGUGGUAAUGGGUAAUGUAAUUUCCCCUGGGGGUGUUUUCUCUGGGGAUGACCAUCUCUGGGACCUUUGGCCUCACUUCCACUUUUCCUUUCCACUCUGUGGCUGGAACAGGCCCAGCAGAACAAUUUCACGAGCAAAUACAGUGGUACCUCGGUUUAAGUACACAAUUGGUUCUGGAAGUCUGUACUUAACCUGAAGCGUACUUAACCUGAAGCGAACUUCCCCAUUGAAAGUAAUGGAAAGUGGAUUAAUCUGUUCCAGAUGGUCCGCGGAGUACUUAAACUGAAAGUACUCAAACCGAAGCGUACUUAAACCGAGGUAUGACUGUAACUGGAUCACUGGCUUCCUUCAAGGCAUUUGUCAUCCACAUCAGGUUUUGGUGGGAGAAACAAAGACUUGAUCGAAGGGCAGUGAGAUUCACAGGCCUGAUUAAUUGGAAUAGAGAAACCAUUUUAAUAUUACUUGUGCUGUCAUUACUUUUUGUACUUUGUUAUAACAAGCAGUUUAAGUGUUUCUGGUCUCAAACCUGUAGUCUCAUGGUCAGUAUGUCCCUACAGGGAGAUGCAUGUGCCGUGCCAGCAUCUGAAGCACAUGCAUGUCUCUGCAGAGGAAAGUGUGCUACCUUUCUGUAUUUGGUUGUAAGUCGCUUUGUGUUGCCCUGGGCAAGAUAAAGCAACUAAGAAGUUUAAUAAAUAAUAGUAAUUUCACAGGAAGUGGAGAAAGGGUAUUGUGAAGAGGGUUUGGGCAUCUUCUACAUUACAUAUGGAGAAGCCCAAUGUGUUAGUUUUGACAACCCCAGAUCCAAACAAACAAGCCUAAAUCCACCAUCGCUGUGUCAGAUUAAUGAAAAAAAACUCAACAGUAAAGCUAUCGGGACAUUUUAGGAAAACAGUAUUGUUUCCCUGCUUCUGAAUGUUUUCCGUGCACUCGGCUAGUGUUUUCUAUACUCUGUGUAAUGCACUCUUUCCAUGAUAUGCAGGACUCAAAAGUUUUCUUUGCAUGUCUGGUAGGGAGGGAGUUAUGGGAAUGACACUGUUCACUGCCUAAGGAAUUUGUGCAAUGUUGCUACAAAGAUCAUGUUGAAUUGAAAUCCUAAUAUAUCAUUUGAACAGCUUUAUAA